CGAAAAAUAGCAUGACACCCACGAAUUUUUCACAGUUUUGGAUUUUCAGCUCGUUUUUUCCGUUCAUAUCCACGACGACGACAUUUAGUUGCAAUAUAUAUAUAUAUAUACAUUCACCAUGCAAAACAAAUCGAAAGCACGACUGACUGAAGAACAACAUAACGAACUCGAACAUCUUGCUUUUGUCACUGGUGUCAAGGGUGCUGCUAUCGGUAUUGGUAUUGGUGCCGUCGCUACCCUUAUGACGUUUCGUAGAUCAACACACUUUCGAGGGUUGAGCACGCCUGCGAAAGCAAUUCUACCCGGGUCGGCCGGAUUUGCUGGAUACUUGUUUGGAGCCGAUCGAGCAGCUACACGAUACGCCAACAAGAAAUUGGGUUAUGUGGACGACGAUAUCAUUCGAGACCUUCAAUCCGAUGCCAACAUAUCAGAACCAGGUGACACAAAACAACGGGUUGCUCAUUUCGUCAAUAAGAAUCGAUGGAAGAUUAUCGGUGGUUCAUGGGCAUUCUCUAUGGUCGGCGCUUUGGGAUUCACAUUCUCAAAUCGAUACUUAACAACACAGCAAAAGCUCGUGCAAGCGCGUAUGUAUGCGCAAGCAGCAACCAUUGCCGUCUUGUUGGCAUCUGCUGCGGUAUCAAUAUAUACGGGUGAAGAGGACAAGAAUAGAAAGGUGGAUGAGCCUGAUGAAGAACUACGUGCUGUUCUGAAUCUGCCUCAUCAACAGAGUAAAGCUGUUCGUAUGCCACAGCCCGCUUCGCCUAAUGAAGGCGCUUAAUCAAAACUGUAGAGUUUACCCUACAAAUGAUAAUAAAACAUAAUUUUUCUUUUACUUCACUGUCA